AUAGCCGAAACACCCGUCCAAAGAUCAUAUAAAUGUUGUAGGUGAAUGCAUCGAUCAGUUUCAGUUCUCAAAAUGAAGGUAUUGAUUGCUCUGGUUGUUUUGAUGUCCCUUGGCCCUCUGGCCUCUGCUAUUUUCAAACAUUUAGCAGAUGAGUGCAUAAAAAAACAUGGAAUCACUCCAUAUCUUAUAGAAAACAAUCCCACAAGUUCUCAAGUCAAGUGCUUUUAUUAUUGCCAAUUGGAAAAGCUCGAAAUACUGGCCAAUGGAGUUGUCAACCCUUUUGAUGUGUCCGUACUUAACGUAACUGAGAAGAACUACGCCGAGUACGGUAUAAAGAUUAAGCUGUGCUUGUCAAUAUUAAACCAUAAUAAAUGUGAGCUCGGCUAUAUGGUAUUCCAGUGCCUAAAAAGACACCUCGACAAAUUAAAUUAAUAAAUAAAUUUGGGGUAUUCCUAUUUAAAUAAAGGGCAAAAA